CGCACACGAACGCACGCACACGCACGUGCGUCGUCGAGGACAUGCCGGUGCGAAACGGAUACAACCUUGUGGAGGAAGCGGCGGCGGAUCUGCGUGUCCCGCUGUACGACGAAGAAGCUUUUAGGCAUGGUAUCACCUUCCAGAGCAAGUACGUUGGCAGCCUGAACAUGCCAAGGCCCAGCAGUCGCGUGGAGAUCGUGGCAGCCAUGAGGAGAAUCAGGAAUGAAUUUAAGACAAAAUGCAUCAAGAAGAAGAAAGUUAGCAUUGUCGUGUCUGUGGAUGGCGUGAAAGUGAUCCUCUGGAAAAAUCAGAAGAGGAAGGAAUGGACAUGGGAUGAGAGCAAGCUGCUGGUUCUGCACGAUCCCAUAUACAGGAUUUUCUAUGUGUCCCAUGACUCCCGAGAGCUGAGGGUCUUCAGCUACAUCGCCCGAGAUGGAUCAAGCAGUUCUUUCCGGUGCAAUGUCUUCAAAUCCAAGAAAAAGGUCCAGGCGGUGCGCAUUGUGCGGACUUUAGGCCAGGCCUUCGAAGUGAGCCAUCAGUUGAGCCUGCAGAAUGCACAGCAGCACCUUGGAGAGAGCCAGAGUUCAGAAGAGGAGCUGUCAGGUGACAGUCAACAGCUGACCGGAGCUCAAGAGGGUGUGGAGGAUGCCACUAGGAAGGGGACCCUAGCAGGAAGGCCAUGUGACCAGGCAGCUAGAGAAGAUCCUGGAAGCGAGGAGUUGGAUAUGCUCAAAUCAAGCUAUGAUCUUAAAGCCAGAGACUCACAAGACUGGGAGACGUUCCUGCUGAGCAUGGAGGGGCCACAGGGAGAUCUGUCCCUCACCAGCAACCAGGCAUUUCAGCUUCCUCCGCUGGCUGCCCAACAUCACCUGCAGCUGCUCCAGCACCAGCUGCACCAACAGCAGCUACAGAUGCAGGUGGCGGUCUCACAGGUGCAGCUCCUCAAAGAGCAGCUGGCAGCCGAGACCCAGGCGCGGACAGAGGCCCAGGCCCAGGUGGGCCAGUUGCUGCUCCAGAACAGGGACUUGCUCCAGCAUGUGGCUCUGCUACUCCAACAGCUGAAAGAUCUGGAGGGCAAAGCCCUUGACAUCAUCCACAGUGGGGAGAGCUCACCCUGGGGCCCAGUAUUUUCCCUUAGCCUGAGGAACAGCCACUGCUCAGAGAGAGGUCAGUCUUUUGACUCCAGCCCAGUGGGUAAACCGGGAAAAACUUCCACUCCGACUCUCCUCGAGGGCUGUGCCGAGUCCUGCUUCAGCCUUCUCAGCUUGGGGAACGAGGCUCAUCUGGAUGCUCCAGGAGAGGACAAGGCCUUGGUUGAGGCAGAGGUCAGUCAGCAAGUAGAAGGGUCAGAUGACUCAGGAGGCCAGAUCGUCAAGAUCAACACUCGGACUGUCCGGAGGGUUAUGGAAUGGUUUCAGCAGAGUGUCCCCAGGCUGAAUGCCCCUCCCUCUAAUGCGGGUCGUAAAAAGGUGGAUAAAACACGCUUCCUUGGUCAACCGCAGCCUACAUGCGACAUAGAUGGGGUGUCUCUCGGCCACCGGACGAGCCCUCCUCAUGCUGAGCCCUGUGACACCUACUCGCUGGGUAACAGCGAAAACGAAUCCUGCACCACCAGCGAGGACUCUGGUGUUCGCUGCGAGAAGUCAGCCCUCUCACCCCAACACCAGGCUGCACUCAAGGCCCAGGGCCCAUGCCUGUCUGCCUCCAGCAGUUGCAGUGGCCAACAGGAAGACUCUGAUGGGUACAGCCCCACCUCCAUGCCUGUGCUUUCCUCCUGUCCUGCCGCAACACCCGACAGCUACGAGUGUCCAUUCACUUCCUCGUCCAUAGCCAGCGGUAUCUGAAGAGAAGUUGCUAAGCAGGUGUCAUGGCAAGAUCAACAAGUUGUGUUUCUGGGACUUUUUUUUGCCUUAAUAUUACCCAUAUAGUAUGUGGAAUGCAAUGCAAAGUGUGCUAGAUUAUUUCAUGCAAGUAGUCUUUUUAUGUACACUAGGCCUUCAACUUACAAAUAAGUCAGAAUGCAGCCCCGACUCGACACCAAAACAUUGCAGUUUGAAUCAUUUAUUUGACUGCUUUUUAGUCAUUUAAAAGCUGCAUUAAAAUUAAAACUUAGUUCUGAUCACCAAUUUCAGAAACGCCGUACAUAAGCUGUAAACACAGUAAGAAGUGUGUUGAGUGAUGUCUUUCAACUCUACCGUGUUCCUGUACCUUCUAAGUUUCUGAGCAAUCAGAAAUACAGGACAUAUUCACUCCAUGACAGACACAUUUCAGAAAACAGAACAGGGAAAAAAAUGCAACUUUAGUAUAAAUAAAAAACUGUCAUCCUCAAAAAUUCAUAAAUCAAAUGUUUCUUACAUGAGGUACCAGUGUACGUGUUUUUUUAUUUAUUUGUAUUGAAAAUUUGUGAAGUGAGAGGUUACAUCCUAAACUGUGUCUGAAGGUCUAUAAUGUAUUUCUUGCCACUGUGUCUUCUCUUACAGGUGUUACAUUGUUUCUGGUUUUAGACUGAUCUCUACCACCUUUACCUUUGCCAGACACUGCAGAAUAUGUCUCCAAAAUAGGCUCCAUCCAAUCAAUGUUGACCCUGUUUUGUAAAACGCAAGCAAUACUUUGCAUAACCAGUAACACUGUGUUAAGAGUUAACUGUUAACUGAACUGUUUAGCGUUAACAUCAUUCAUAAAUAUUGUAGCUUUCAGGAAAAUAGCAUCCAGAAAAUGUCAAGGUAAUUCAGCUUCUAUAGCAAAAGCAACAGGCUUUCUAUUAGCAUAAAGCAUGCAAAGUAAGAAAAAAUGCGGUGACAUUCAAGUGGCGGUUGUACGAUUGGGGCAGAGCUGUGUGCCAGUUGCAAUAUGAGAAAGGUAAUAAAGAAAGUUACUGAUUGGAGAGAGAGAUAAGGUAAUCUGGGAUCAUUAGCUUUCAGCAAUGAUAAAUUAUGGUCUUAAGCAUGAACUGCGUGAUAAGAAGCAUAGGAGAUAUGUACAUGGAAUAAGUUAUGUCAGUAAAGUCUGGGAACAGGGGUAUGGUAAUCUUGUGAAUUUUAAUUCAGUCUGAUACUGUUCACAUUGCAAAUGAGCAUCAUGUAUAAAUUGGCUCGUUUUACUAAUAAAUCUGUCCCCAUUUGUAAUACUAACAAAACAGACAUCAGUAGUUCCACUCCAAGUGUACAUAUUUCUAUGUUGUUAGGAUUCCAGAGAAGAAAAUUUGUCUUUCUUUAGAAAUAAAGGGACAAUUAAUGAGACAGAGUAUAAUCAUGUUAAAUGAUGUCUAAAGGUUUUUGUUUGAUCUCUUCCUCCCUUUUGCUAUA